UAAGGUACACGCAACGAUUGAAAUAUUGACUUCAUUUUAUUUACGAUAGCAACAACAUACCAAAUAGGUAGUAACAAAAAAUACAUAUGUGCUACAUACAAAUUUAAAGGCAAAGUAAUGGGUCAAACUAAUGAAUCUGCUCACUGAAAUUGCGCAAUAAACAUUUUACUAAGAAGGUUUAAAAUGUACGAACGCUUUUAUUUCGUGUUAACUUAACAGGUUUUAAGUAUCCUGUUAAAGUGUGAUUACGUUAUUUUUCAUGUGGUGCCCGAUACAUGCCGUCGUCGAUGGAAACAGAACGGGGGAUACACGCCGCUACACAUUGCUAUGCAAUUUCGACACGAGCAUGUUUACCGGCUACUAGUCGAAGUAUAUGAUGCAGAUCCCAACAUACGGGAUUGGUCUGGAAGGAAACCAAGGCAAUAUUUAGUCCAUAUGGAUACGUCAUUAUCGCCCGGCUCAUACAGAAAGCACGACUCAUUUAAUUUGUGUCGUACAGUGACGGCACCGCCUACAGCAAAAGUGAUAAACGCAUAUAAUCCGCCUUUGAGUAAGAGAGACAAACGAUAUAGCCUCCAGGAAAAGGAGGGCUUCCUUCGUAUCGGUUCGCUCAACGUUCGCGUUAAAAAAACAACGGAGGCCUUCAGUAAUUUCCUCGGUGUUGGUGCGACGAGGUCGUCCGCGUACAUGCCGAAAUCGGCUCGGGAACGCGACGAAAGACGCUCCGACGACGGCGAACUUCACAAGACCUGGGGCUCUGCUGAUAAUAUACAGAAGGAUGACAAGUUAAUGCCCCCGCCAAUGAGUAGUAAAGUACGACGCAGGGGAGCCACGGGACGUCGCGGCGUAGGAGCUGCCCACAGUCGCAGCACUCCUUCCACGCCCGAUCAGCCUCGAGCUCAGAUGGGCGUCCCGGAAGAGAGAGAUUCCGAUUCUGAUUCCGCAGCGGGAUUCCAUUCAGCAUGGCGACAGCAACGUGCUUCAAACUGUACAUAGUCAGCCGCGAACAUUUUAAUGAAAAACUAGUUUAGCAUCGUUUAGACUUAAAAAAGAUAUCUAUACUAAUAUAUAAAUCUACAGUGGUUUUUUACAGAUGUUCCUACUGAACUAUGCAUCCGAUUGACUUGAAACUCGGUAUCCAUGUAGAAAAUGCAUGUACUUAAUGGAUAGGCUAAUGUUUAUAUGAGUGUUGGAUUCCCUACACCAGUUGCGGGGGCAUUAAUGAUGAGAAUAUUUGUGGGGGAGGGGGGGGGGGGGGCGGUGAGAAAUAAUAUAAUAAUGUUAAUUUUAAAUGCCCAGCGAAGCGGACGGAUACAGCUAGUAUAUCUAUAAGAUUUGGCCUGCGAUUGAAUACUUCUGAAGGUUUCAUUUCUACCCUGAUAAUUCACAAGACACAAUUAUCAUAGUAUUUUCUUCGGUUUUCGUGAAUCCUUGAAUGCAUAAUGAAAACUCCUUUUACGGUUUAAUCUCGAUUUCUUUUUUCGAUUUAUUUAUUUCGAUUUCAUUAUUACUGAUGUUUCGAAUAUUAUUCGAGUUUUCGUGGUAACGUACAAUUAUGAUCUUUCAUUCGUCGACAUCUCGAUAUUGUGCCAACUACUACCGUCUAUUUUUCAAAAAAAAAAAUAUUUCUCUUUAAGGUUUAUUUUUAAAUGUAUUUGAAACUUUGCUAAUAAUGUAUUGACAAUAAAAAAAUAAAAACACGAAAUUAAACCUCAAAGGUAGUCAUAAUUACACAAGUAUGUAUUCGUCCUAUAAAAAAACGAAUUCCUGAUUUUUAACGAAUAAAUUUUUCAUUUGUUCCUAGUUCCGUUAACUCGCACAAAUAUUGUAUGGCACGUUGAUUCUCGUGUCGAAUAAAAACAUUAUUAUAUAUUAUUUCCUUUAAACGCCUUAUGUGUAUACGAAUAAGGUUCUUAAUUGUUAAAACAAUUGACUUAUCGUAUUAAACACAUAAAUAUCUGUGAAUCUAUUCGAUACGUCACAGAUUGUAUUUAUAUUAAACAUUAUAUAACUAACUAAUGGACCAUAACAUUCCAAUGGGAACAUUCCUUGAUUAAUUCAAAAAGGAAUAAAUAUGAGAGAAAAAAGUGUAACUUUCUAUAUACAUAAAUUAUUAUAGUCCUCGUUCAGGCAAUUUACUUAUUUAGAUAAACGUGUUUCGAUCAUAUGAAGCUAUAUAUCAUAUAUAUAUAUAUAUAUAUAUAUUUUUUUUAAUACCAACCUAUAUUCUGUCUUUUUUUCCCAAGUCGUAAACACGAAACUAUUUUCACGGUCUAAUCUUUUUAUUGUCGUUUUAUGAUUAUCGAAUUAUAUAAUAUUUAACUUUUCAAGUAAUAUUCUAAAUAAUGUUAUAAAAGUAAUUAUGUUAUAGGAUUCGUAAUUUGCUGCAAUUAAGUCGUUUAAGGCCUAAAUAAGACAUAAAUACAUAUUUCUUCUUGGUAUAAGACUUCGUUGAAAAAAUGUGCUUAACGGUUAAUUACCAUAAGUUCUAGUGUACAAAAGCGAUUAUUGCAAUAAUGAAUCCAAUCUUAUGCUCCAAUAAAACCGAUCUCAUGCACUUUAUUUUCAAUAAUAAUUGUUAUUUAGAAUUGUUAAUUCAGUUAUGAAUAACUUAAAAUGUAUUUAAAAAGUGUGCUCAAAACAAUGUUUCCAAGAAUUGAAUAAAAUAGCUUACCUCAAUAAUUUUAAUUAAUUCUUCACGUUGGACAUAAUAUACUAACAUCAAUAAAUACACUUCGAAAUAUUAAAAACUACGUCACAGUAAUUCUGACACGUGACGUCAGAAGUGGCUAAAUCAUUUGCAGAACUUUUUGGGUCACGUGACCAAUUUUGAACAAACCAUAAUAGCUUGAACUUAGCACACGUUUUUCAAUGUAACUUCAAAACAAAUAUAUUCACGCUUGCACAUGAUUUUUAGACUUUAAUGCAUUUGAUAAAUUAGUAAAUUAAAAUAGUUGAUAGGUACAUAGUGCGCUAAUUAGAAUACAUUGUUAUGUAUUGUUAUGUUAUGUAUAUUUGUCGGUUAUUCGUAAAGUUUUGCUACAAAUCGAAAAAUUUAUCGGUGAGUCGGUCACAAAAUUAUAUUAUUAAAAAUAACAAAUAUCAAAUUUGUAAUUCGUAGAUUAGUCAACAGUAUUCCUCUUAAUAUGUACCUUUCUUAGUUGUGUAAUUUCAUUCAUUCCGAAACAACUUUUUCGUUUCAUUGAAACUUUAUUAAAAAAUCAUUCCUUAGGUGUUUUUGAUUAUUUAAAUGAAAAAUCUCUCCCCGAAAAUAUGAUUUCAAAUGUUUUGAAGUCAUAAUCUAAGCUUAUGUUUCAAAUGUUUUUAAAUACUUGUCAUUGAAUUCAGCGGUUUUGACUCUUAAGCCGUCCUAAUGUCAGCUUAUCUGCAAUUUGAAAGCAAGGGGUGCAGAGAAAAAGUUGAGUAUAUUUUUCGCAUUAAUUAAUGUCUAAAAAAAAUUGUGGUUAGUCAAAUAGUUUGGUACCAAUACUACGUAUCUAUAAUUGGUUCCAAUGCACAAUCUCGCAACGGGAAGGACUUGUCUUUUUCCAAAAUUUCGACGUUUUUUUUAUUGUUUUGUACAGUCUAGUAUACGAGCCAUCAGAUGGGGAGUGGUUACCGUUGUCCAUGGGCAUCAGCAAUGCCAGCAGAGCUAAGCCACUACUUACCUACUCAUGUCAUUUUUUUUUGUACAUUUAAUAAUAUUUAUAUUUUGUUUCUAUAUAUGUUAGAUUUUAAAUGUAAUAAAUUUAAUGCUUGCAUA